CUUCAUUGGUGCGCUAAGAUUUACUGGUGGGAAGGAGGAGCUUGUAGUGGCAGAGAUUCUUCAUUCCUCCCCCGACUUGGUCAAAAGGUUGGUACCGGCCAACAUGGCGGCGCACAUGUUCAAACGAGGGUUCAUCUGCAGCUGGGCUGGGAUGAAAGGCUGGACUGCGGCAGGCAAAAGAACUAUUCUAUCAGCCGCUUAUGUGGACAGUUCAAAAUGGGAACAGAGAGAAAAAGAUAAACACAGUCUGGCUGAAUUGGCCAGUUUGAUGGACAGAACUUAUGAAAGAAAGCUUCCAGUCAGCUCUUUAACUAUAUCCCAGGUUAUUGAUAACAUUUCUUCACGGGAGCAAGUGGAUCAAGUUGAAUAUUAUCUUUAUAAGUUUCGUCACAGCCCCAACUGCUUUUACUUGAGAGACUGGAGCAUCCAUUCCUGGAUCAGGCAGUGCCUUAAAUUCAAUGCAUGGGACAAAGCCUUGUACACAAUACAAAAUAAGGUCCAAUAUGGAAUUUUCCCAGAUAAUUUUACCUUCAAUAUACUGUUAGAUUCUUUUAUAAAGGAUGGGAAUUAUAAAGAUGCUAUGGCUGUGGUUACUGAAAUAAUGAUACAAGAAAGUUUUGAUGAAGUGUCUACACAACUUCUUGCACUUUAUGUCAUGUAUAACUAUUUGGAAAACAAACCAGAACUUAUGUGGGAGGAAGAGAGAGAUCUCGGAGCAUCUCUGUUGUUAACGGGCCUGAAGCAGACCAACACAGUGGGCUUCAGCUCUCAGUUGUAUGGUUAUGCCCUUCUCGGAAAAGUGGAACUGUACAAGGGACUACGAGCUGUAUACCACCAAAUGCCACUCAUAUGGACUCCGGGUUACCUAAACAGAGCCUUGCAAGUGAUGGAGAAUGUGGCAUUACUUCCUGAGAAUGUAAAGCUCUGUAAAGAAGCUGUUGAUGUUCUGGCAGCCAUUUUGCAGCCUGUUCCUGUGAUAGAGACAGCUGAAGAAGAAGCAAAGUCAUCAGAAGAAAUUCCAAAGCAAGCACAGUUGGAAGAAACAGAAAAGCUUCGACUUCCUGAGUACUGUGAGCAAUUUAAGGAUCUGCACGCUAAACUGCAGUCACUCGGCAAGGUGGACUCUGCUAGCUUGUUGACUUUGACCACACAGCUUGUUGAAGAAAAGCGGCCGAGCUUUGAAGAGAAGGACUGUGCAAAAUACGAGCAGAAGCUGAAGGACUGGGAACAGGAGCGGGCACUUCUAGUGGAAAGGGAAAGAGAAAUGAGAGAAAAGGCCCGGCAGGAGCUUGAAGCCCGGAAGGCAGCAAAAGCCUCCCUCUAAUUUUCUCUGUUAAAGACUUUUGUUAUGCUCCCUUUUCGCCUGGUUGUAAAAUGAAGAAUGUGCUGUUAUCAGUUUGCGGAAUAGCCUUGUUGUGAUGUGGUCUUCACUAUCUUGCAGAUUAAAUAUUUCUGGAUCUCUCUUA